GAAGGAGGUCAGAUCUGAGGGUAAGGAGCAGUGGCUCUCGGCGGCUCUCUGCACUCGCGUUGUCCGUCUCCGGUGGCGAUCGCGCGCUCGCUGCCGCUUGACGCCGUGCGGCGCCGCGUUUGGGCGCUAAAGCGCGAGGGCCGCGGCAGGAAGUCGGCCAAACGCGAGCCGCGCGUGCCGUUCGCUUCCCGUGUGCUCCGUCUCGCUGUCGGCCCCCCCUGUAGCUGAGCUGCGUUCAGCGCUUUCGCUUUUCCUCUCGCCUCCGUCGUCGUCGUCUUCUUUUCUACAUCUCCUCGUUCUAGUGCGCAUUUUUAAAUAUGGUGCUUCUGGAUAUUGUCGUUUCGCUUGACGAUUCCAUUUUUACAUUUUAGUUCCGACUUUUCCCCUUUGUCCGCAUGGAGCGGGUGGAGCUUUUCGCGAAGAUGUGAUAUAGCUACAGUGAUUGAUCUCUGUUGCUGGAGCUUAUUUGUGAUCAUUGAAUGAUUCUUACAUACGGUGUCAGUACAGAGUGAACCUGAGCACAUUGUUAUAUUUCGAAAAGUUAGUGUCUCCUGGAAAGGGUUCUGUCGUGGCAAAGCAGGCAGUAGUAGGCGCCUCAGUGUGCGAACCUCACUUUGUGAGCAUCUUUGGAGGAAGUAAUCGGAUAAGGAAUAAGUAAUAAUUAUGAGGAAUUAUAAUUUAGUGGCGUUCUCGCUUUGGAGAAAAGUGUCUGCGAAAUGAAUACACGUGAUUGUAAAUGUCACUCGUACUGCAUGACAUCCACGGUGGAAAGGCGGGCAGCGUUAUUCGGUUUUCCAAGUCCAUCUGUGAGCGUUGAACAAGUGUUCUGCGAGACGCUUUCCUUCGCACGGCCACUUGCUCACGUGCUGCCCUGAUAUGCACAGUAGCUGCUGCCGUUGAGCCUUUAGGAAAAGACCGGAAUGUCAGGGCUCAGCUGUCCGCUCUUUCGCACCUGGAUACAGCUGAAGCUCAGCAACGACCCCUCGGUGUGUCAAUCCGGCGCUGCAGCUCGUGUAGCAGGACGUGGCCUCGCGGCCUGAAGGUUGCUGGUUCGAGCCCCAGCCUUCGCUGCUCCAGUAGUACCCUUGAGUGGCGCUCUUUGAAAUGUAUGAACACUAUGUAGCUGUAAGGGUGAGGAGUUUAAAAAAGAGCAGCAGCAGCAAUAAUAAUAAUAAUGUAAUAAUAGUAAUAAUAAUAAUAAUAAUAUAACUGUGCUAAAGGCAAGCGCUGUUGCUGCUUCGCUUUGCACCACAUGUGUGUGAGCUCAGGGACCUGUGUGUCAGUGCUCUGCUCACCUCGUUUGUGUUUGUCACCUGCAGGUUUUCAAGAGGCCGGACCUGGGGGUAAGAGCGAGCAGGCGCUCAGAGAUGGGAACAAACAGGCCCAAAUGGAGGAGGCGCCGCGGGUCCCUGGAGAGACCAUCAAAACCAUCGCAAAAGACGUCAUGUACAUCUGCCCGUUCACGGGGGCUGUGAGCGGUACUCUGACUGUCACCGACUACAAACUGUACUUCAAGAGCCUGGAGCGGGACCCGCCCUUUGUCUUAGAUGUGAAUCUGGGGGUGAUCAGCCGCCUGGAGACCAUCAGCCUGCAGAUCGGCGAGAACAACCGGGGCAUCGAGAUUGUGUGCAAGGACAUGAGGAACCCCAGAUUCGCCUACAAGGAGGAGCAGAGCAAGCUGGAGAUCUUUGAGACCUUGACCAAGUACGCCUUCCCCCUCUCCAAUGACCUGCCCCUAUUUGCAUUCCUGUACAAGGAGACCUUUCCGGAAGAUGGCUGGAAGGUGUACGACCCUGUUGCAGAGUACAAGAGACAGGGUCUGCCCAACGAGAGCUGGACCAUCAGCAAGAUCAACAGCAGCUACGAGGUUUGCGACACCUACCCUGCGCUGCUGGUCGUGCCCACGAGCAUCAAGGACGAGGAGCUGAGGAAAGUGGCCUCCUUUCGGGCCAAGCACCGCAUCCCUGUGCUAUCGUGGAUCCACCCUGAAAGCCAGGCCACCAUUGUGCGCUGCAGCCAGCCCCUGGUGGGUCCAACAGACCGCCGCUGCAAGGAGGAUGAACGCUACCUGCAGACUAUCCUGGAUGCCAACGCCCAGUCCCACAAGCUCACCAUCUUUGAUGCGCGCCAAAACAGCGUGGCCGACACGAACAAGGCUAAAGACGGGGGCUACGAGAGCGAGAGCUUCUAUCCCAAUGUGGAGCUCAACUUCCUGGACAUCCCCAACAUCCAUGUGAUGCGCGAGUCCCUGCGCAAGCUCAAGGAGGUGGUGUACCCCUCCAUCGAUGAAGCACGCUGGCUGUCGGCUGUCGACUCCACACACUGGCUGGAGUACAUUCGGCUGCUGCUGGCUGGGGCGGUGCGCGUGGCAGACAAGCUCGAAUCUGGGAAGACCUCUGUGGUGGUGCACUGCAGUGACGGGUGGGACCGCACGGCCCAGCUCACCUCCCUUGCCAUGCUGAUGUUGGACAGCUACUACCGCACGCUCAGGGGCUUCCAGGUGCUGCUGGAGAAGGAGUGGAUCAGCUUCGGGCAUCGUUUUGCUGCGCGUGUGGGCCACGGGGAUGAGAACCACGCCAACUCGGAACGUUCGCCCCUCUUCGUGCAGUUCGUGGACUGUGUGUGGCAGAUGAUGAGACAGUUUCCUUCUGCUUUUGAGUUCAAUGAGCUCUUCCUCAUCACCAUUCUGGAUCAUCUCUACAGCUGCCUCUUCGGGACCUUUCUGUACAACAGUGAGCAGGAGAGAGUGAACAAGGAGGUUCACGGCAAGACUGUGUCCCUUUGGUCGUAUAUGAACAGCCAGGUGGAGGACUUCACCAACCCCUUCUACGUGAACUAUGAGAACCAUGUCAUUUAUCCCGUGGCCAGCCUGAGGCACCUGGAGCUCUGGGUCAGCUACUAUGUGCGCUGGAACCCCCGAAUGAGGCCACAGAUGCCGGUGCACCAGCACCUAAAGGAGCUGCUGGUACUGAGGACAGAGCUGCAGAAGAAGGUGGAAGAGCUGCAGCGAGACGUGGCCUCCUCUCGCUCCAUCUCCUCGUCCUCUGAACACGGCCCUUCGCCUUCGCACACCAGCACGCCGCUCUACACCACUGUUUGAGUGCGCACGCGCACACACACACAUGCUCGCAGUUCCUCAUCUCCACCCUGCGUUGCUCUUUUUUAAUAGUGCUGUGACAGCUCUUUGUAGUGUUUUAGCCUUUUUAUCAAAGUGUCACUGACACGAUGAGUUUUCAUGGCUUUAGUGAUUGAUGCCUUUUUGGAGAAAACCACUUGACCACAUCCUGAAUCUUACCAAACAUGGACAGAUGGAACACCUUUGUACAUACUUUACCCCCAUUGCUUAUGUGCAGAAGAAUAUCAAUCAUGAUUUUGCAGAAAAGACUCAUUUUAAACUAAAAGUAUUACCUGCCUCUCCCUGGCAGCUCUUAUAUAUUUAUUUGACAGGUUUAUGCAGCACAUAGUAAUGGUCUUUCUACAAUGUUAAAAUGAGAAGUAGUUCAGAAAAGUGACAUUUGUUCAGUCUUUUAUCACCCAAACGCCCUGGUUGUAGUUACCAUUCAUACACGUCGCAGUCGCUCUCACCACCUUUUCAAUUCAAUUUAUUUUUAUAGAGCGCUCUUCUCACGCAGUGACACAGCGCUUUAGCACAGGCAUAAAGCAAGAAAAACAGAUACAGAGACAACAGUCGACUAAUGGCUACCAUCAUGAAGAACUUAUUAUAGAGCGAUAAGUGUGCCUACUGGCCACCGGGGAAAGGAACAAAAACUCCCAACUGAAGGUUGAGGGAGAAAAAAAACCUCUGGGGGGCCACGGGCCAGUGGUUGCCCACCCCUCCUGGGCAUUCUAGAAAGUAACAAUUGUAAGCCAGUUUGUAACAAGUAAUAAUGUUAUAUGUUAUAUAAUGUAAUACUAUAUAAUUUUCCUUUUCCGUUUCACUGUGUGUCACCUGCCUCUGCUCUGUGCUACUUGUCAUUUUACACCUGGACAGAAUAUUUCUUUGGUUUCUUUGUGUUUUGUUUACAUGUCCAGUGUUUAGCUGUGUGGUUUUGUACUCUUCUGCCGGGGGGGGAGUCUUAGGCCACGUUGUAUGUGUUCGAUAUGUCAACGAAUGGCAGCAUCGUCAUUUAAGAGGACAAGCCAGGUGAUCAUGUGUGCGUUUGCUCUCAAACGCCGUCACUCAGUCCUUCUAGUGUAUCCAUCUCGCCUAGUUGACUUUGCACAUCACAAUACAUGCCUGGAUGCUCCCCUACUGCCCACAAUGGAGUGAAAUGGACAGGUAA